UUAAUUUUUUUUAAAGCGAAAUAAUUUUUUUUUUGUUUUCAGUUUUAACAAUUCUAUAAAGUACAUACCCUAUUGAAAAAAUAAUUUCUAAUUUUGUGUUUUUUGUUUCUGUUACUUAUUCUGUUAUUUUUUGUGUUAAAAAUAAUUUUUUCUUCACUCGUUUUAAAAUCUGCCCCCUUUAUAAUCCAAUUCUAAUUAAUUUUAAAUAACGAAUUAGUUAUUAAAUAUUAAAAACACUAAAAAUAAAAAAAUAAUAAUUGCAAUAUAAGAAGAAUAUUUAAGUGCGAAAAUAAAUAUUACAAAAGGUGGACUUUGAGUUGUAAUCAAAGUUUUCUAAAAAAAAAAAAAGAGAAAGAGAAAAAAAAAUUAAAUUUAAAUUAAAUUUAAGAAAAAUUUUUUUUGUAUGUGAGUACAUUAAGAGUAUUAUAAAAGUAAAAAGAAAUUUAAAUCAUCUUCCAAAUUACUAAAAUUAAUAUUCCCACUAAAUUUUUAAAACUAAGAAUUAAAGGAUAUUUUCAAUUGAAAUUUUGUGCCAUCAUUUUGUAAUUUUCCAAGAAAAAAAUUUCGAAAAAUAGACAUGGUUGCCGGAUUUGAACAACGACCAUGGACUCCAACGGUAAAAAGAGGAAAAAUUGCAGCAGAAAUGACAACACCUGGUCCAAAUUGUGUUUUGCUUCCAACAUUAGUUGGUAAAAAAGUUACAGAUUCGAAGAAACAGGCAGCACCAGCAUUUAGUUUUGGUCAACGUCAUAAACAACCACCUGGUACUAUUGGACCAGGACCAGCUCAAUAUAAUAUAACAGGUUUAGGAGCAAAAGGUAAAGAUACACCACCAGCAAUGUCAUUACAAAGUAGACCAAAAGCAAUGCGAAAAUUUGAAACUCCAGCACCAGGAGAAUAUGAAGUUAAAGUAACUGCAGUUAAAGAAUCAGCACCAAAAUAUACAUUUGGUUUGAGGCCAAGUUCCGAUAAAACGGGUAUCUCACCAGCGCCAAAUAGUUAUGCACCUGAAAAAUACGAUACAAAAUAUAUGAAAGCAAAGUAUUCCUUUGGUAUAAAACCAAAAAUUUUUAUAGAUAAUCUACCAGCUCCAAAUUGUUACUAUAUUGAAAAAGUUAAUAUUAAAGAAAAUUCACCAAAAUAUUCGUUUGGAAUUAAACCGGUGUUAAAACCUCUAAGUACAAAUCCAGCUCCCGCAGAUUAUUGUCCAGAAAAUUCAAAUUUAGAUCAUUCAGUAUCAUAUUCAUUUGGCUUGAAAACGAUACCAGAGAGAAAAGACGAGACUCCAGCACCCUCAACUUAUAUGCCCGAAAAGUAUUCACAUCAUAUUUCGCCUGCUUAUUCAUUUGGUGUAAAAGUCAAUCAUGUUAAACAUAAUGAAAAUCCGGCACCUGGAGCAUACGCACCAGAAAGAGUUCAUCUCGAUGGAUCACCUAUGUACAGUUUUGGUUUAAAAACAAUUUAUGAACACAAGUCUGAAACUCCCGCACCAGGCUACUAUAUGCCUGAGAAUGCUAAAUUAGCUAACGCUCCUGCUUAUACUAUUGGCAGCAAACAUAUUUAUACUGUAACUUCAGAAACACCAGCUCCAGGAGCUUAUAAACCAGAAAACUGCCGAUUAGAUUCUUCACCAGCGUAUACAAUUACAAGUAGAUCACAUAAAGAAAAAUUGGACACUACUCCAGGACCUGGUGCAUACAAACCUGAAAAAUUCAAUUUAGAUCAUACACCAGCUUACAGCAUAGCUGGCAGAAAUGUUGUUGAAAAAUCUAGUGAUACUCCAGCUCCUGGAGUGUAUUAUCCUGAAAAAUGUAAAAUAGCCAAUAGUCCGGCUUAUACUAUGGGGGCAAAAACUAACGUAACUAAAACAUCUGAUACUCCAGCGCCGGGUGCAUAUCGACCAGAAAGUUGUAAGUUGGACAAAAGUCCAGCGUACACGCUGGCAGGAAAAAUAACAAUAGAGAAAUUUGUUGAGUCGCCAGCUCCUAGUGCGUAUAGACCUGAAAAUUGUAAAAUAGAUCAUGCUCCAGCUUAUACAAUGGGAGCAAAACUUAAUCUAGAAAAAGCAAGCGAUACUCCAGCACCCGGAAAAUACAAACCAGAAAACUAUAAACUGGAUAAUACACCGGCUUAUACUAUUUCCGGAAGAAGAAAUGUCGAAAAGCACAGCGAUACUCCAGCGCCCGGAGCAUAUAAACCCGAAAAAUAUAAUUCAGACCAAGGACCAGCGUACUCCAUUGCUGGGAAAGUUAAUUUCGAAAAGGCAAGUGAAACACCAGGUCCCAGUGCUUAUAAACCAGAAAAAUGUAACUUAGAUCAUGGGCCAGCUUACACGAUGGGAGGAAAAGUAAAUUUGGAGAAGCCUAGUGAUACUCCCGCUCCAGGAACAUAUAAACCUGAAAAGUAUAAACUGGAUAACAUGCCAGCUUACACUAUUUCCGGAAGAACAAAUGUCGAAAAGCACAGCGAUACUCCAGCGCCAGGUGCAUAUAAACCCGAGAAAUAUAAUUCUGACCAAGGACCCGCAUAUUCUAUCGCUGGAAAGGUUAAUUUAGAAAAACCGAAUGACACACCAGGUCCCAGUGCUUAUAAACCAGAAAAAUAUAACUUAGACCAUGGUCCUGCUUAUACGAUGGGAGGAAAAGUAAAUUUGGAGAAGCCUAGUGACACUCCUGCUCCCGGAACAUAUAAACCUGAAAAGUAUAAACUGGAUAACAUGCCAGCUUACACUAUUUCCGGAAGAACAAAUAUCGAAAAGCACAGCGAUACUCCAGCGCCAGGUGCAUAUAAACCCGAGAAAUAUAAUUCUGACCAAGGACCCGCAUAUUCUAUCGCUGGAAAGGUUAAUUUAGAAAAACCGAAUGACACACCAGGUCCCAGUGCUUAUAAACCAGAAAAAUAUAACUUAGACCAUGGUCCUGCUUAUACAAUGGGAGGAAAAGUAAAUUUGGAGAAGCCUAGUGACACUCCGGCUCCCGGAACAUAUAAACCUGAAAAGUAUAAACUGGACAACAUGCCAGCUUACACUAUUUCCGGAAGAACAAAUGUCGAAAAGCACAGCGAUACUCCAGCGCCAGGUGCAUAUAAACCCGAGAAAUAUAAUUCCGACCAAGGGCCCGCAUAUUCUAUCGCUGGAAAGGUUAAUUUAGAAAAACCGAAUGACACACCAGGUCCCAGUGCUUAUAAACCAGAAAAAUGUAACUUAGAUUAUGGGCCAGCUUACACGAUGGGAGGAAAAGUAAAUUUGGAAAAGCCUAGUGACACUCCGGCUCCAGGAGCAUAUAAACCUGAACAGUAUAAACUGGAUAACAUGCCAGCUUACACUAUUUCUGGAAGAACAAAUGUCGAAAAGCACAGCGAUACUCCAGCGCCAGGUGCAUAUAAACCCGAGAAAUAUAAUUCCGAUCAAGGACCCGCAUAUUCUAUCGCCGGAAAGGUUAAUUUAGAAAAACCGAAUGACACACCGGGCCCCAGUGCUUAUAAACCAGAAAAAUAUAAUUUCGACCAUGGUCCUGCUUAUACAAUGGGAGGAAAAGUAAAUUUGGAGAAGCCUAGUGACACUCCAGCUCCGGGAGCAUAUAAACCUGAAAAGUAUAAACUGGACAACAUGCCAGCUUACACUAUUUCCGGAAGAACAAAUGUCGAAAAGCACAGUGAUACUCCAGCGCCAGGUGCAUAUAAACCCGAGAAAUAUAAUUCCGAUCAAGGACCCGCAUAUUCUAUUGCUGGAAAGGUUAAUUUAGAAAAACCGAAUGACACACCAGGCCCCAGUGCUUAUAAACCAGAAAAAUGUAACUUAGAUCAUGGGCCAGCUUACACCAUUGGUGGAAAAAUUAAUUUAGAGAAGCCAAAUGAUACACCUGCUCCAGGAGCAUACAAACCUGAAAAGUGCAAUUUAGAUCAUGGGCCGGCUUAUACUAUUGGUGGAAAAGUUAAUUUAGAAAAGCCGAGUGAUACGCCUGCUCCAGGAGCGUAUAAACCCGAAAAGUAUAAUUUGGAUCAUGGUCCUGCUUAUACAAUUGGUGGAAAAGUUAAUUUAGAAAAGCCGAGUGAUACGCCUGCUCCAGGAGCGUAUAAACCCGAAAUGUAUAAUUUGGAUCAUGGUCCUGCUUAUACAAUUGGUGGAAAAGUUAAUUUAGAAAAGCCGAGUGAUACACCUGCUCCAGGAGCGUAUAAACCAGAAAAUUGUAAUUUAGAUCAUGGACCUGCCUAUACCAUUGCCGGAAAAGUUAAUUUGGAAAAACCAAGUGAUACACCUGCUCCAGGAGCUUAUAAACCUGAAAAAUGUAAUUUAGAUCAUGGUCCUGCUUACACCAUUGCUGGAAAAGUUAAUUUGGAAAAGCCUAGUGAUACACCUGCGCCCGGAGCAUAUAAACCCGAAAAGUAUAAUUUAUAUCAUGGGCCUGCUUAUACAAUUGGUGGAAAAGUUAAUUUAGAAAAGCCGAGCGAUACACCUGCGCCGGGAGCGUAUAAACCAGAGAAGUAUAAUUUGGAUCAUGGGCCUGCUUAUACAAUUGGUGGAAAAGUAAAUUUAGAAAAGCCGAGUGAUACACCUGCCCCAGGAGCUUAUAAACCUGAAAAAUGUAAUUUAGAUCAUGGUCCUGCUUACACCAUAGCUGGAAAAGUUAAUUUGGAAAAGCCUAGUGAUACACCUGCGCCCGGAGCAUAUAAACCCGAAAAAUAUAAUUUAGAUCAUGGGCCUGCUUAUACAAUUGGUGGAAAAGUUAAUUUAGAAAAGCCGAGUGAUACACCUGCCCCAGGAGCUUAUAAACCUGAAAAAUGUAAUUUAGAUCAUGGUCCUGCUUACACCAUAGCUGGAAAAGUUAAUUUGGAAAAGCCUAGUGAUACACCUGCUCCCGGAGCAUAUAAACCAGAAAAAUGUAAUUUAGACCAUGGACCUGCUUAUACCAUCGCUGGAAAAGUUAAUUUGGAAAAACCUAGUGACACACCUGCUCCAGGAGCAUAUAAACCUGAAAAAUGUAAUCUAGAUCAUGGUCCUGCUUAUACCAUUGCUGGGAAGAUUAAUUUGGAAAAGCCUAGUAACACACCUGCACCGGGAGCAUAUAAACCUGAAAAAUGUAUUCUAGAUCGUGGGCCUGCGUAUACUAUUGCUUCAAAAGUAAAUUUGGAAAAACCUAGUGACACGCCAGCUCCAAGUGCUUACGAACCUGAAAAAUGUAAAUUAGACCAUGCGCCAGCUUUUACAAUGGGAGGUAAGCUUAAUGUAGAAAAGGUAAGCGAUACUCCAGCGCCUGGAGCUUAUAAACCCGAAAAACAUAGUUUAGAUCAUGCGCCAGCGUUUACAAUGGGCGCCAAAAUUAACGUAGAAAAAUCGAAUGAUACACCAGCUCCAGGAGCGUAUAGACCCGAACAUCAUAAUUUAGAUCGCGCUCCAGCAUACACAAUGGGUGGGAAGAUUAAUUUGCAAAAGCCCAGUGAUACCCCAGCUCCAAGUGCGUAUAAACCAGAGAAUUGUAAUUUAGAUCAUACGCCCGCUUUUACAAUCGCAGGUAGAGUUAAUGUAGAAAAAUACAGUGACACUCCAGCACCUGGAGCUUAUAAACCAGAAAAAUGUAAUUUAGACCAUGGUCCAGCUUAUACAAUAGGUGGUAAAAUUAAUUUAGAGAAGUUAAAUGAUACACCAGCUCCAGGAGCAUAUAGACCAGAAAAUUGUAAACUGGAUUCUACACCAGCAUUUACCAUGUCUGGCCGAACAUUAAUUGAAAGAUAUAGUGAAACACCUGCACCUGGAUCAUAUAGACCCGAAUACUCUACAAUUGAACGCUCAAAAGGUUUUACUUUCGGUAUUAAAACAAAUUUAGAAAAGCCAAACACAAAUCCAGCUCCAAACGUAUAUAAAAUACCAACAAUAUUAGGCUCCAGUAAAGAAGGGAAAAUUCGUUCAGCACCGUCAUUUACAAUAACUGGACGUAAUAAAAUAAAACCACCAUCAAUACAUGCAUUUCCUGGACCCGGAACAUAUGAUGGUAAUUUUGAAGCAUUACAAAGGAAACCUCCAAUGUAUUCUAUGGGUGCUCGGAUAGGAUUACGUGACUACAAUAUGACACCAGGUCCAGGAGCACAUUGUCCAGAAAGGAUAAAUCUAGCGCAUGUUCCAUCAUACAGUUUUGGUAUUAAACAUUCACAAUAUUUAGGAAGUAUUCAUGAAUAUCAACCGAAUUUAUUUUAAAAAUAAUAAUGUAUAUGUAAACAUAUUGUAUAUGUAUAACAUAAGUACAUUAUUUAAUUUUAUUUAAAAUUUAGCAAAAAAUUUAAAAAUAAUGUUUAAUUUUCCCUCAUUUUACUGUUGCAAUAUUUUUUUUUUAUAUAUUUGUAAUGUUAAUGUUAAGUUUUUAAUAAAAUUAAAGUUUUCUUUUAUUUAAAAGUAAAAAAUUAAUAUUCGUAUUGAGAAAAUAUGAAAUAUAAAUGUAAGCGAAAAUACACAAUAAUCUUCCAUAAUAUUUAAUUUUUAAAUUAAACAAAAAA